CGCCGUAAUCAAGGCACCGGGGAAAGCAAUCCAGCCCAUCAACCCAUACAAGUACACUCUCCGUGACCCCUCUCCACGUCCCAGCCCGCAAUGUCCAUCUCCGCACGCGUCUUCAAGAACGGCUUCAUCCCCGCAGUCCGAACCCUUCCCCGCGCCACCAGCAAGACCGCCUCACCGUUCGGCCUCGGAUACUACCGCAACAUGGCCACCAGCGCAAAGGAGUUCCUGUGCAUCCUGCCGGACAAGCCGGACACGCUCGCCCAGCGGCUGGAAGUUCGACCCACGCACUUGGCCAACGCCCAGGCUCAAGCGGGCAAAGGAAAGGUGGUUGUUGGCGGCGCCAUGUUCGAGGAGCACCCCGCGGAGGGCACGACGCCCAGCUUCAAGGGCAGCGUCAUCAUCUACACGGUCCAGAACGCCGAGGAGGCCUGGGAGCUUAUCCGGAACGACAUUUACGCUCAGAAGGGCGUGUGGGAUCUCGACAAGGCCCAGGUGAUCCCGUUCAAGUCGGCUGUGAGAGAGUCCUUGUAACUGUAACCUUGGAAGUGCUCAUAAUCAAACAUUCGGCUUUUGACUACCUCAU